AUGAACAAUACGGCGCACAAUGGCAACGGAGUUGGUGUUGGUGAAAAUGGCAGUCCCGUUUAUGAUAAGCAAUUGCCCGACACCCAAAACAAGACGGCAUUGAGAGAGAUACAGAAUGGAAAUGUAGGAUCAAUUCAGAAGCAGCAAGAGAGCUUGCUAUUUGGAGGAGGAAGAUCAAAUGGUGAUGCAAUUAAGUUCUCUGGGACAAAGCAAAUGACACCCGAUUUCCUGUCAGGUUUGCCUGGUCAUCUGUCCCUGGCCUAUAAUGGUGAAAAUGAGAAUGUCAAGAAUGCUCGUUUAAGGUUUCAAUUAGAACUAGACAGGGGAAGGCAACAGAAAAUGGAUAUAUAUACUGAUAAUCCCAAGUCAAGAAAUAUGUACCAAUUGCCACAGGAUAUCUCCCAAAAGCAAACUCAGAUAAGGGAAACUCAUAUUCAUCAGGUUCCUGUCACUAAUUCAAAUCAUGGGACACCAGAGAUAACAUUUAUAAGUGGUGGAUCAUCAGUUCCCGGUUUUCAUGGUAAGCAAAGCAACAGCUCACAAAUUGAUUCUAUGAGCGCCAAUGAUCAGCUAAGAACAGAACAAUUCAUUCGCCUGCAUAAGAUUCUCAAGCAAUGCGAUGAGGGUAAACAAAUAGAGUACAUAAGAACGCUUUUGCAGUUAUCCCCCACCCAACUUAGUAAGCACGCUGUGGAGUUGGAGAAAAGAACAAUUCAUUUGUCAAUAGAGGAAGCAAAAGAAAUGCAAAGGAUGAAAGCACUGGAUAUUUUGGGGAAAUCUGUCCUGGCGAAGAACUCGAUUCAAUCAACUCAAUAG